UAUAAAAGGCAGAAAAUAAUGGUAAAAUGAAGAGCCAUUUGGGAGCCGAAAGAGCCGGCUCUUCUUUGGUGAGCUGAGCUCAAAUGAUCUGCCUCACUAAAAAGAGCCGGAAUUCCCAUCACUCGUCUGGAGGAACAUAGUAGCCUCGGGUGUCUGAACUGAAACACUCGGGUCUUUCCGUAAAGAAAUCCGAAGUGGCGAACUCCGUCCCACAAACUGUACCGUAACUGUAACUGAAGCUCCACCAUUGGUUAGACGAGUCCAUCCGCCGGGGAAACGGAGAGGCGGGGGAGGCGAGCUUGAUGAAUGACGGCCAUAGCUCUCUCUGUUGACACUUAAAAGAGAGAGCCAGACAUAUAUAUUUUACAUAUACACCGUGUUACUAGUAGAUGAAGGAGGAGGAGGAGCGGUUAACCGUUUCUAUAGUGAUGUCGGUUGGACUGCGUGACGACGGGACAACAACGGUGUCGAGACUGAGCGGACGGUUUUCACAGGUUGAUGAUCCUAUUUGGCAGCGAAGCCAGCAAAAGUAAAUAGUCUUUAGGCUGUUUUCUAGUAGGCGUACAGUUAAAGGAGAGAUAGGCGGUGCCAGCGUUAAUUCCUGGAUGAAUACAGCCCAGCAUGAGAGGGUGAAGGGUCGCUGAAGUUGCCGCUCUCACUCGGUCUCCAAGCAGCAGCGUGUAGGAGGCUCGUCUCGUCUCGUCUCGUCUCGUCUGUCCGUCUAUAAGUGACCCGUCUCGUCUGCCACAUUUUGACACAUAGCCAAUCAAAAUCUGUUAUUCAAAUCCGUGCAGCUCUUAUGUCAGUGACCUAUAUCUCAUGCAUGUGCGCCGAGAGCCCACAGUAACCUCUCAGACAGCAUGGGGAUCAACGGGUUAGACAACCAGCCAGCUGCAGAUCCUCCUCAGACGGAGCACAGAGAUGCUCCAGAGGAUCGGGGUAAAAUCGUGCAGGAGGACAGCGACGUGCAGCUGAUCGAGGCCGGUAGCAAGCCGCCUCUCUCCCCGGAGUCUGAGGUCCAGGUGGAGGUGGUGGAGGAGCAGCAUGGCCACGGAGAAGCAUUCGUCCCUCCUGAAGGAGGCUACGGCUGGCUGGUGGUGUUUGCAGCCACCUGGUGCAAUGGCUCCAUCUUCGGCAUUCAAAACUCUUUCGGCAUCCUGCAUUUGAUGCUGGUGAAGGAGCAUGCAGACCCAAACGACAAGACGUCUCAGUUCAAAGUGGCCUGGGUCGGGGCCCUGGCCAUGGGCAUGAUCUUCUUCUGUUCACCCGUGGUCAGCAUGUUCACAGACCGCUUCGGCUGUAGGAAGACAGCAGUCAGCGGGGCUGCGGUGGCUUUUAUAGGGCUGCUCAGUACAUCCUUUGCAAACUCCCUGGGCCUUCGCUAUUUCACAUAUGGCAUACUAUUCGGCUGUGGCUCCUCCUUCGCCUUCCAGCCCUCGUUGGUCAUCCUUGGCCACUACUUCCGCCAGCGUCUAGGCCUGGCCAACGGUGUGGUGACUGCCGGUGCCAGCCUCUUCUCCAUGGGCCUCCCGGUGUUCCUCAACAAGGUGGUUGAACCUCUGGGCCUCAGCAGGACCUUCCAGAUUCUCAGCAUCUUUAUGCUGGUCCAGGCCUUGCUGGCGCUGUUGUUCAAACCUUUACUGCCACCUGGAGCAGGCAUGGGACCCCCAGGCAUGGGCCCUGGCCCUGCCAAACCCCAAACACAGCCAGGGGCCACUGCUCAGGGGGGGAGCAGGUGGAGCAGGAUCUUGGCUGGGGUCAAGAAGUACUUCAACCUGCGUGUGUUUCACAUCGUCACAUACCGGGUGUGGGCGUUUGGAGUAGCCACAGCUGUACUGGGCUACUUUGUGCCAUAUGUCCAUCUGAUGAAUUUUGUAAAGGAGCAGUUCAAGGGGACAGAGAAGGAAUGGGUACUCCUGGUUUGCAUAGGAGCUUCAUCUGGGGUGGGACGCCUCGCUUUUGGCAAGAUCGGAGACCUCAUUACUGGUCUUCAAAAGAUCUACAUGCAGGUGGUGUCCUUCAUUGCUCUGGGCCUGAUGUCCAUAUUGAUCCCUCAGUGCUCGGUGUUCGAGGCGCUGGUGGUCGUGUGCGUGUUCCUGGGGCUGUGCGACGGCUGCUUCCUCACCAUGAUGGCUCCCAUAGCGUUCGAACUGGUCGGGCCCAUGCAGGCCUCGCAGGCUAUAGGCUACCUCCUAGGCCUUAUGUCUCUUCCCAUGACUGCGGGUCCACCCAUCGCUGGUCUCCUACGCGAUUACUUUGGGAACUACACGGUGGCCUUCUCCCUGGCCGGGGUGCCUCCUAUGGUGGGGGGCGUGGUGCUGUUCUUUGUGCCUCUGAUACACCGCCGGCUCCAGGCAGCGGCGUCGCCAGAGGAAACGUCCACAACUGCCCACAUGCUGCCCACCACCCCGCCAGCAGGGGAGCCCAAGAGCUGCUCCAACGGAGACAUCCUGCCUGGCUAUACUGACGUAGAGACACACAUCUGAGUCGCACCGUACAAAGGGAUUCAGCCCACCAGCACCUUUUCUCAUCCUUAGAUUUCCCUCCUCUCAACCAUGGACUUCCUGCCGGCUGACCUUUAACCCUCUCACCCUCCUGGACUCUCAUGGGCUGUUUGUUAUUUUCACGUGGAGAGAAAUCGAAAAGGGCGCUCUGGCUACGAGCCACAGAGAGGACGAAAAAAGAAGGCAGAUCAGCCUAGGAUGAUGGGAAUGUAUGAGGAGGACAAGCACAACACAGUCUCAACUAGGAUUGUCUAAUCAGUGGGGACUCUGUAGUAACACAUUAACCUCCAAGAGGAAAGAAAUGAAGAGAUAUUAACCGACUGAUUUCACAGCAUCUAUCCUGCUACUUUAGCUUUAUGAAGCUGUAUAAAAAUACUAUGCUUUAGAUUCCAUAUAAACACAUUGUUACGAUAAGAGGCUUAGGAAAUAAGAAUUAGUGAAGGGGUAAAUCCACACUUUCUUUAUAUAGUACCUGAUGCAUCUACUUUCUUUUUUUUUAACACAAUGCAUUUUAUUUAGUUUGUGGAGCUGAAUCUCAUCUCGAGUGAUUUGCUUUACUCUAUUCUGCUGUGAUAGCUACAAGAGAAACAUCUGUUGUAAAUGUCACAGGAGGAGUUAACAGACACCAGACUCAAUCACCUCAAUUCAACCGCACACUGUAAUCACACCCAGGGUCCUAAGUACUUCAGCAGAACGACUCCAGCUCCUCUACCAGCCUGCCUGCAUGGGACACAGAUGUGUGAUUGUGGCAGCUGUUGAUUCCCACUGAUUCAUAUGCCACCAACCCUCGAGUGUUAGAUUUUUUUUCACAGUUUGAAAGUUAGGUCAGUGGCUUUGCAGCUUGUGGCAGGUUAACUCAUGCAGUCAGUCAGUGAAAGUCGUGCAUCUGCUGCCUGAAUUCAUGAAACUCAACACUACAGGUCUUCUCACUCAACACGUUCUCAUCCCGACUCGUCACAUACUGACGCUCGGUCAGGACCCCUCCUUGGCGUCACUUUCUAACGCACCGGUUAGCCCCAUGCUCCACUACGGUAGGCUUGCCGCGGCAGUCUGUGUUACCGUGUUUGGGCAUACACCGAUUGAAUUACUUGCCCACCGCACCAGCAUGGUGUUACUUUUUUUUAACAGAAAUAAAACCCAUUUAGUUCAUUUUCGCGUAUCAGCGCCGUGUUAUCAAUACAUAGUCGGACGACGGACGCUACUAACUGAAAGUGAAAGUGUCGGAAUCUCG